GAGAAAAGGGGGGGUCAGACGGUCGGUGCGUCGUUGUUUGAUUUCCAAGAAAAGUAUCGGGAAAGAGAGAGAAAAAAGAACGAAGAGAGGAAAAAAAAAAAAAAUAAAAUAAAAAAAGAGGAAAAAAAUAAAAAAACAAUGAUGAUGAAGGUGAUGAGAGCUGGUGGAAUCAGUUUAUGUGAUCGUCGUUGUUGAAAUGGGUGGAGGAGCAGCUAUCACCAACUCCAAGCUACCGGGCUGUGCGUUGAGUCGCUGCUUUCGCUUCGGUACCAAGUCUCAGUCGCAAUCACUCUCACUACCACCACCUUCGUGCUCUCCUUUGUUUUCGCUUCCCUCUAAGCGUCCUUCACGACCAUGAUCCUGUCCCUUAUACAGUAUAAAGGAUCUCAGUCGCAGAUCCACUUCCACCAUCAAUACCAAUUUCGGAACCAAUACAGUCUUCUAUCGUUUUCUUAUGGACCCUGCCGCCAAUCGACCCGCUGUUGUGAUCGACAAUGGCACCGGGUAUACUAAGAUGGGUUACGCUGGCAAUGUUGAGCCGUGCUUUAUUGUUCCUACAGUAGUUGCAGUAAACGAAUCGUUCUUAAACCAAUCGAGAAGCUCCUCAAAGGCCAAUUGGUUAGCUCAGCACAAUGCAGGCGUUAUGGCCGACCUAGAUUUCUUUAUUGGGGAUGAGGCGCUUGCAAGAUCUCGAUCUAGUAGCACUUAUAAUCUUACCUAUCCGAUUAGACAUGGUCAAGUAGAUAAUUGGGAUGCAAUGGAGCGGUUCUGGCAGCAUUGUAUAUUUAACUAUUUGCGUUGUGAUCCGGAGGACCAUUAUUUUCUUUUGACUGAGAGUCCACUUACUGCACCGGAGAGUCGUGAGUAUACCGGUGAAAUUAUGUUUGAGACGUUCAAUGUUCCCGGACUUUAUAUUGCAGUGAAUUCUGUGCUCGCCCUUGCUGCUGGAUAUACGGCAUCUAAGUGUGAGAUGACAGGGGUUGUAGUAGAUGUGGGAGAUGGAGCUACUCAUGUUGUACCGGUUGCUGAUGGUUAUGUGAUUGGGAGCAGCAUCAAGUCAGUUCCCAUUACCGGGAAAGAUGUCACACUCUUCAUACAGCAGCUUAUGCGGGAGAGAGGAGAGAAUAUACCUCCAGAAGACUCCUUUGAAGUAGCUCGUAAAGUGAAGGAAACAUAUUGCUAUACUUGUUCUGACAUCGUCAAGGAGUUCAAUAAGCAUGAUAAAGAACCAUCCAAGUAUAUCAAGCAAUGGAGAGGCAUUAAACCAAAGACUGGGGCACCCUACUCUUGUGAUAUUGGCUAUGAACGAUUUCUUGGCCCAGAGGUGUUCUUUAAUCCUGAGAUAUAUAGCAGUGAUUUUACUACUCCGUUACCAUCUGUAAUCGACAAAUGUAUUCAGUCUGCACCAAUUGACACAAGGAGGGCUUUGUACAAGAAUAUUGUUUUGUCUGGAGGAUCAACCAUGUUCAAAGACUUCCAUAGGAGGUUGCAACGGGAUAUCAAAAAGAUCGUUGAUGCCAGGGUUCUCGCAUCUGAAGCUCGACUUGGUGGGGAAAUAAAGUCACACCCAGUGGAAGUCAAUGUGGUCAGCCAUCCCAUCCAGAGAUUUGCAGUUUGGUUUGGAGGUUCUGUACUUGCAUCAACACCCGAAUUCUUUGCGGCAUGCCAUACAAAAGCAGAAUAUGAGGAAUAUGGUGCAAGCAUAUGUCGCACAAAUCCUGUUUUCAAGGGGAUGUAUUGAUGCAAAAUCCCUAUUGGUUGACUGGAAACUUAGCAUGACACUGUUUGAGGGGAUACGUCGUCACUUCCACCCUCUUUACAAACUUUUUAGUCACAACUUGAUCUUUUCUUGGUGGCUUGUGUAUGCAAAUGCUGUGGGAAGUGGUGUAAAAUAUAGGUAAAUCGAUUUCAUUUUGUACGAAAAAUGGGUUGUAUUCAUUAUUUGCUUAGGGAGGGUCAAUAAUUUUGCUAGCAUGUUCAGGUGGCCCUAAAGGAUCAGAUGAGAAUCAUUAUCACAGUAAAUUUUGACUGGGCUGAAAUGCAAUUUUGUUGUUCAGCUUAGUUAGAGUUUGAAAAAGAUUAUUAUUGAAAUUUUUUUUGUUAGCUCUGGUAAUUUCUCCCAAGUACCUUCAGGUAGGAAAUUCAAUUCAUUUGGAUUGGAAUUUACUGGUAUAUUUUCUUAGUUUUGAGUUAGAAAUGUGGUUUAUCUAGAGACAUUCUGUCCUUUCUGGUACAGUUUCUGUAGAACUUCUGUAUAACGAAUAGCCUAUUUGUAUUGUGGAUAAGAAAUUUUUUUUUUUUU